CUUCAGUGCUUUGCCCACCCUCUGCCCGCCCUCUCUCCAAGUUCCUUCCUAGUUCGUGCGCCUUCCCCUCCUCCCCAAGCAGAGGGAAGCAGUCUGGGUGACAGGGCGCCUUGUUAUGAGAGGGAAAGUUUGGAAAUCGUCAGUGUGGAGUGGGAGCUAUGGUGUGGGCUAAGCUGGCGGCCUGGGCUUUAGACUGGACCUCACGAUGUUUGCAGAGAUGUUCAGGCACGCGGGAGCUGAUUACACACAAUGAAUGGGGGCAAUGAGAGCAGUGGAGCAGACAGAGCUGGGGGCCCUGUGGCCACAUCUGUCCCCAUCGGCUGGCAGCGCUGUGUGCGAGAGGGUGCUGUGCUCUAUAUCAGCCCAAGUGGCACAGAGCUGUCUUCCUUGGAACAAACCCGGAGCUACCUCCUCAGAGAUGGGACCUGCAAGUGUGGUCUGGAGUGUCCACUCAAUGUCCCCAAGGUUUUCAACUUUGACCCUUUGGCCCCGGUGACCCCGGGUGGGGCUGGGGUGGGGCCAGCAUCAGAGGAGGACAUGACCAAGCUGUGCAACCACCGCCGGAAAGCUGUUGCCAUGGCAACUCUGUACCGAAGCAUGGAGACCACCUGCUCACAUUCUUCUGGAGAGGGAGCAAGCCCCCAAAUGUUCCACACUGUGUCCCCAGGGCCCCCCUCUGCCUGUGCUCCCUGUCGAAUUCCUCCUGCAACUCCACUUAAUGGGGGUCUUGGCUCCCUUCCCCAAGAGCCACCCUCAGUUCCCCAGGCCUUUCCUUCUCUAGUGGGCCCUGGGGAGCUCUUCCAGCCACCAAGGCUUCCUGACCCUGCCCCCUCUGGGGGCAGCAGCAGCCCCUGUUUCCUCCCAAGGGGCAAUGCCCCUUCUCCAGCCCCACCUCCUCCACCUAUCAGCCUCAAUGCCCCCUCAUACCAGUGGGGAGCUGCCCUCCGGUCCAGUCUGGUGCCCUCUGACCUAGGCUCUCCUCCAGCCCCUCUUGCCUCUUCCUCACCACCUUCAGAUCCUCCUCUCUUCCACUGUAGUGAUGCCUUAACACCCCCUCCCCUGCCCCCAAGCAAUAAUCUCCCUGCCCCCCUUGGCCUCUCUGGUCCUGCCACUCAGCCACCAGUGUCUUCAGCCACUAUGCACCUGCCCCUGGUCCUGGGAUCCCUGGGAGGGGAUCCCACGGUGGAGGGGCCUGGGGCACCCCCCUUUCUUGCUAGCAGCCUACUCUCUGCAGCGGCCAAGGCACAGCAUCCCCCGCUACCCUCUCCCAGCACUUUACAGGGUCGAAGGCCCCGUGCCCAGGCACCCUCUGCUUCUCACCCAUCACCCCAUCCCUCUCAGCGUCGAUCCCGCAGACCUCCAACUGUCUUGCGAUUGCUAGAAGGGGGAAGCCCUCAGACCCCUAGACGGAGCCGUUCUCGGGUCCCUGCUCCUAUGCCCCAGCCUUUUCCUCUUCCAGAACCUUCCCAACCGAUUCUCCCUUCUGUAUUGUCUCUGCUGGGACUCCCCACCCCUGGCCCUUCCCACUCUGACGGAAGCUUUAACCUUUUGGGGUCAGAUGCACACCUUCCUCCUCCCCCAACCCUCUCCUCAGGGAGCCCUCCCCAGCCCAGGCACCCUAUCCAGCCCUCCCUGCCUGGGACCACCAGUGGCAGCCUCAGCAGUGUGCCAGGUGCCCAUGCCCCACCAGCUGCCUCCAAAGCCCCCAUAGUCCCCAGCCCUGUGCUUCAAAGCCCAUCCGAAGGGCUGGGGAUGGGGGCGGGCCCAGCCUGUCCUCUGCCUCCCUUGGCUGGUGGGGAGGCUUUCCCUUUUCCUAGCCCUGAGCAGGGCCUGGCGCUGAGUGGAGCUGGCUUCCCAGGGGUGCUGGGGGCCCUGCCUCUCCCUCUGAGUCUGGGGCAGCCUCCACCCUCUCCACUGCUCAGCCACAGUUUAUUUGGUGUGCUGGCUGGGGGUGGAGGACAGCCUCCCCCUGAGCCCCUGCUACCCCCACCAGGAGGCCCUGGCCCUCCCCUAGCUUCAGGCGAGCCUGAUGGGCCUUCGCUUUUGGUGGCUUCCUUGCUUCCACCACCCUCCUCAGACCUUCUGUCACCUCCUUCUGCACCCCCUAGCAAUCUCCUUGCCUCUUUUCUGCCCCUUUUGGCCCUGGGCCCCACAGCUGGAGAUGGGGAGGGAUCUUCAGAGGGAGCUGGAGGUCCAAGUGGGGAGCCAUUUUCAGGUUUAGGAGACCUGCCCCCUCUACUUUUCCCCCCACUUUCAGCCCCCCCUACCCUCAUAGCUUUAAAUUCUGCGCUGCUGGCUGCCAGCCUGGAUCCCCCCUCGGGGACACCCCCCCAGCCCUGUGUCCUGAGUUCGCCCCAACCUGGACCACCUACCUCCAGUGUCACCAUGGCAACUACUGACCCGGGGGCCUCCUCUCUGGGCAAGGCCCCCUCCAACUCAGGGAGACCCCCCCAACUCCUUAGCCCUCUGCUGAGUGCCAGCCUGCUGGGUGACCUAUCUUCACUGACCAGCAGCCCUGGAACCCUCCCCAGCCUGUUGCAACCUCCUGGCCCCCUUCUCUCUGGCCAGUUGGGGCUGCAGCUCCUCCCUGGGGGCGGAGCUCCUCCACCCCUCUCAGAGGCUUCUAGUCCCCUAGCCUGCCUGCUACAGAGUCUCCAGGUGAGGACAGAGCAGAUUCCUCCAGAGCAGCCAGAAGCCCCCUGUCUGCCCCCUGAGAGUCCUACUUCAGCCCUUGAACCAGAGCCUGCCCGGCCUCCCCUCAGUGCCUUAGCCCCACCCCACAGUUCUCCUGACCCCCCAGUCCCUGAGCUGCUUACUGGGAGGGGGUCAGGGAAACGGGGCCGGAGGGGAGGAGGGGGACUUAGGGGCAUUAAUGGUGAAGCCAGGCCAAGUCGGGGCCGAAAGCCCGGCAGCCGGCGAGAGCCUGGCCGACUGGCCCUCAAGUGGGGGACACGUGGUGGCUUCAAUGGACAAAUGGAACGGUCCCCAAGGAGGACCCACCACUGGCAGCAUAAUGGGGAGCUGGCUGAAGGGGGUGCUGAGCCCAAGGACCCACCCCCUCCUGGGCCCCAUUCUGAGGACCUUAAGGUGCCCCUGGGGAUAGUCAGAAAGUCUCGUCGUGGCCGGAGGAGAAAAUACAACCCUACCAGAAACAGCAAUAGCUCCCGCCAGGAUGUUACCUUGGAACCCAGCCCUACAACCCGAGCUGUCCCUCUGCCUCCCCGGGCCCGCCCUGGCCGUCCUGCCAAAAACAAGAGGAGGAAACUGGCCCCAUAGCAGCCAUACCUGGAGCUGGAUCUGACCAUGACUGGGGAGAGCUGAGUGCUGAGCCUUGGGAGCCCCUGCCAGCCACUUGCACCUGUGGACAGUGGGUGGGGGUACUACUCCCCACUCAGAGCACAAAUGCAACCCCUUCCCCUACAAUCCCAUCCUGAGCCAUUGCAGGGGGUAGGGAAGCUCACCCUCUCCCCCCCAAAGCCAUGUCACUGAAAAGGCCUGGGGGGGUGGUAUAUGGCCCUCUUCCCCACCAGGCGCUAAGGGGAACACCCCCUUCCCCAGGUCUUUUAUUUGUUUAAGUUAUUUUUGCACAAAUGACUCUUUUAUAUUUAAUUCGACUUCAUUGCCUCCCUUCUUAAAGCCAGCAGGCUCAGUUUACAAACCUGUGAGCUACUGUUGGCUGCUGCCCUCCUUCCCAGUGAAA